AUUCUUGUUUUCUUGUUUCUUGAUAAUCUUUGUGUGUGACCUCAAAGCUGUUUCUUUGAAUAAAAAUUAGAGUUUUAUUGAUUAUACGUGUAGCUUCAUAGCUGUUUUGUUGAAAUCCGCAACUUUAAUUAUAUAAAAGUCUCUUGUUUUUGGUUGAAUUUGCUGUUAUCUUCUUUUUCAUUGUGUGGAUGAGUUCCUCUGGGCUUUCUUUUCCUUGUUUUCAUUUUCAUCUGUAAUAAUAAAAAAUAUUUACUGUUUUCUAAACAUGACUCCUCCUAUAUAUAGAGUAUGCAUGUAUUGUGAAGAGAGAUUCUUUAAAGCAGAAUUAUGCCCUCCUUUAUCUCUUUCUUUUUCCCAGGUUUAGAGAUUCUUUCUUCUUGUUCAUGAUUCUUGGGAAUUUUGGACACUGAACAAUGAAAUAUGGCUACUUUUUUGUUUGGAUUUGUAUUAGAUAGAUGCUCAUAUUAUUUGGAGGCCACUUUUAUCUCCCUUUACUCCUUUAGUAUCUUUCUUGCUUUUUUCUUUAAAUUAUCAUCAUGAUUAGAGAUAGACUUCUCUUACAGGGAAGUAAUUUCUCAGUUGAAUCUAUUGCAGUUGAUGAGUGUCAAUUUUUCGAGGGAAGGAGCUUUGUACUAGCAAACACAUGUAUUGGCUGAAGAGUUGAUAAAUUUGCAAGUUCAUUACCUUUUUUACAAUUCUGAUCAAGAAGUGGGUAAAGAAAUGGGUUAUAUGUGUGACUAUUGUGGGGAGCAAAGAUCGAUGGUGUACUGUCGAUCUGAUGCAGCCUGCUUAUGCUUGUCCUGUGAUCGUAAUGUUCAUUCAGCAAAUGCGCUUUCACGGCGACAUUCUAGGACACUGAUAUGUGAGAGGUGCAAUUUGCAACCAGCGUUUGUUAGAUGCGUAGAGGAAAACCUAUCACUUUGUCAAAAUUGUGAUUGGACCGGGCAUACCAAUGCUUCUGGACAUAAGAGGCAAGCAGUUAAUUGCUACUCAGGCUGUCCUUCUGCUGAUGAACUUUCUAGUAUCUGGUCUUUUCUCUUGGAACUUCCUUUAGCUGCUGACGCUACUUGUGAGAAGGGGAUAGGUUCAAUGAGCAUUGCUGAUGACGGCCUUGCAAAUGCCAGUGGCCCUUCAAGAAGAAAUAAUAGUCGGAAUUCAUCUGUUACAAUGACUGAUCUCGAGAAUGUAAAUAACUCAAAUGAAUGGAAGCCAUCCUCAAUGCCUCAAGUUGAUGAAAAUCUUGUAGAUCAGCAGAUUAAGUUCACGAAAUCUAUAUCAUCAAAGCUUGGAGCAAAAGAACUUGAGCUGUGCGAAGAUGAUGACUUCUACGAGGACUUUAAUAUGGAUGAACUUGAUUUGAACAUUGAGAAAUAUGAAGAACUAUUUGGUGUGGGUCAUAAUGAUCCGCAGCAUCUUUUUAAUAAUAAUGGGAUUGAUAGUUUGUUUGAGAUGAAGGGAAUGACUGGUGCUAACUCCAUUUCCCCAGGCGCAUAUGGUGCUGAGGGCUCAUUGGUUGGUUUGGAAAAUGUUGUGAAACCUACAGACAGCAACGCAGCUUCUGCCGAUUCCAUCAGGAGCUGUAAGACAGAACCAAGUGGUUGCUUUGCGAGGCAGAUCUCCAAUCUCUCAUUUUCUGGCGUCACUGGUGAGAGCAGCGCAGGUGAUUAUCAAGAUUGUUGCGCCUCUUCAAUGCUGCUCAUAGGAGAGCAACAGCCAUGGUGUCCUCAGGGCUCUGAAAGUUCUUUAGCUUCUGAUAUCAGGAAUAGUGCGGUACAGCGUUACAAGGAAAAGAAGAAGACACGCAAGUUUGAGAAGAGAGUAAGGUAUGCAACCCGCAAGGCAAGAGCAGAUGUAAGAAAGCGUGUGAAGGGACGCUUUGUUAAGGCUGGUGAAGCUUUUGAUUAUGACCCUUUAAGCGAAACCCGAAGCUUCUAAAAUAGUGUACUAAAUGUAACAUGAAUGAGGAACAUCUGGUCAGUUGUAAAUUGGAACAAUAAGGCUACUUGGAAGUUCCUUGUUCCCUGGGGCUUCAUAUAAAGGUAGACUUGUUAUGCUGAUUCUGGUGCUCAUGAAUUUCAAGGAAGCAUCAUCUUCCUCUUGCAAGCGGAAAUAUGGAUCUUGACACAAGGAGUGAUCUGGUAACUGUCGCUACUCUUAGCUGCGGUCAACGUUUUAUAACUGUCUCAUGGGAAAGUUAAAGCAGACAAAUUUUUUCCUUUUUCUUUAAUAUGUAAAUUUAGAAAUGAUGUAUAUCAGUAAAUGGGAUUGUAUCGUCUGUAAUAUAACAUGUAGGGCAUGACGUGUCAAUAGAAAUCUUCUUGAUCAUCAUAGUUGCACGAGACAUGGCCCAAUUCAGUAUCAAGCUUGGAGAGUAUAAUCCUUGUAAUAUGUUGGAGUUGAAAAUUUUUGCACCUGUUUAUUGAUACAACAUACAAACCUCUGAAAACAUAUUCGAUGCUGGAUUGCAUAUUAUCAAUUUUUCAUGGCA